AUGUUGCAUAUCUUCCAAGGCGCGGAUAUUUUCCAACUGAGGCGCUUAUUUGAAAUAAUGGAAAAACAGUGGGGCGAUGAUGACGUAGAUGAGAAGAGAGCGAGGAUCGAAAUAAAGGAUGAUGAUGACCUAGAACCAGUAUAUGCGCGAAAGAGGACAUGGAUAGAGAAUUCAGAAGUAUGCCCGAACAAACGGUCGAGGAUAGAGGAGGAGGAUGAGGAAGACGAAGAUACGGACGAGGAGGAAGACGAAGAUACGGACGACGAGGAAGACGAAGAUACGGACGAUGAGGAUGAGGACGAGGAAGAUGAGGAGGAAGAUGAGGAGAAUGAGGACGAGGAUGAUGAGGACGAGGAUGAUGAGGAGGAUGAAGACGACGAGGACGAGGAUGAUGAGGAGGAUGAUGAGGAGGAUGAAGACGACGAGGACGAGGAUGAGGACGACGAGGACGAGGAUGAGGACGAGGAUGAGGACGAAGGAAUAGAGGUGUUACCCAUAAACAAACGACCGAGGUUAGAGGAGUAG